ACUCGACUCUUGUUGAUUCGCUUGUUCGUUCAUUGGUUGUAUUAUGUCCGAGUCGGUUGUGUUCGAGGUCAACUUUGAGCCCAAGUCCCCGACACGGGGCAAGACAGCUGUGCAGAAGCGGCUGGAGGCAUGGUCUCCUUCGCGGGUCUCCAAGGACCCGUCGGUGCUCGCUGAGGAGCUCUCAGCCUCGCUUCGGAAGGCCGAGCUCGCCCGCCAGAGCCACCUCGAGGCACGGGUGGAGAAGAACAAGGCGCGGCACGAGAACAUUGUGCGUGCGCAGUUUGAGGUCAACGCGGCGCGCGAGGAGCGUGUGGCGGCGCUGGAGGCGUCGCUGGCGACCAAGCUGGAGAAGGUCGAGACGCGGCGGGCUGCGCUGCUGGCGGCGGAGAAGACUCGGCUGGCGUCGCAUUCGAUGCAGGUCGAUGUUGCCAAGGCCGCGGUGGCCAGCAAGCUCGACGAGGAAGCCGAGGCUAAGCGCGCGGCGUCGGUGGCCGCCGUGGAGGGGGCUGCCCAGCGUCGCGACGCCAUGCUCGCCCUCAAGGCUGCCAAGGCCGGUCUCGAGUUCGAAAAGUCGAUCUCGGCCGCGGCGCAUGCCAAGGCCGAGCGGGCCAAGGAGCUCUCUGCCCGCCGCGAGAACACCGACGCUGCGCUGGCCGCCGCCGAGGAGCGUCGCAUCGAAGCGCUCGCUGCCCGCCAGGGCUCCGCUGCUGCCGACGUCGAGCACGCCAUGGCCGUUGCCGAGAUGCAGAGGGCCAAGGCCAAGCUCAAUGCUGCAAAGGUCAUCGCCGACUCGCAGUCGGCCAUGAUGCAGGCUCAGGCCAACCGUGACGCCGCACAGGCCGCCAAGCUCGCCAAGCUCGCCGACCACGACGCACACGUCACCGCCGUCCAGGACCGCAAGGCCCAGCUCGAGGCGACCUCCGUGUAGCCGGCCACCCUGUUCUCCCCCCGGGUGGUGGCGGUAUGAGAGAGCGUUUGCGCGUAUAUCAAGUAGUUUGUCCUCAACUUUAUGUAGAUGUAGUGGUACACGCCGGUUGGAGAUCAAGAAGGAGAACCUGGAACCUGGAGCUCCAGAAGUGCGAGGUCAAAGUUGAUAUGAGCUG